AGGAAGAACUACAGGAGCCUGGGGCUCUUCUGGCUGGGCUCGCUGAUGAUGAGCAUCGUGGUGUUCCUGCUGGGGAACAUGAUUGGGAAAUACAGCUCCGAGCUCAGCCCUUCCUUCCUGCUCAACCUGCCCUACGUCCUCCUCCUGCUCUGGGCCGGGGUGAGGCUGUUCCAGCAGCCCAAGGAGCUGCUGUGCCUCAGCCCAGAGAAGGUGGCAGAGGAGCAAAGUAAACCCCUGUACAGGCGGCCCCAGGACGUGGCCCUGGUCCUGGUGCUGCUGCUCAUGGCCUCCUUCACCUUCUUCAGGGGGAUGGUGGUUCUGGACUGUCCUGCUGACUCGUGCUUCGACUACAUCUACCAGCACGAGCCGUACCUGCGCGACCCCGUCGCCUACCCCAAAGUGCAGAUGCUGAUCUACAUGUUCUACGCCCUGCCCUUCUUCCUCCUCUGCAUCUACGGGCUGGUGCUGCCCGGCUGCUCCUGGCUGCCCGACUGGAGCCUGGUGUUCGCCGGUGCCGUGGCACAGGCUCAGUUCUCCCACCUGGGCUCGUCGCUGCACGCCCGGACCCCCUUCCCCUACCAGACCCCCGACGACGUCCUGUGGAGCUUCCUCCUCUCCAACAUCCUCUACGCGCUGGGCCCGCAGCUCCUGGUGCUCCGCUGCCUGCGCCGCCCCGCCUUUUUCCUGCCCCCUGCUCCUGCUGCCCUGCUCCGGGCAAAGAAACACCAGUGACAGGUCCUGCCCACCCUGGGGGCUGCUGUGCCCACCCUGAGGGGCUGCUGUGCCCACCCUGGGGGCUGCUGCCCGGUGACCCCAGUCCUGUUCCACCACAGAGCGGAGGGUCCCGGCUGCCAGAGGUGUCCCCAGGGGUGCUCUGGUGGUCCCCCCCGCUGUCCCAAAAGGCCGUGGGGGACCUCAGGAUGCUCUGAGGGGACGUGGCUGCAGCCACAGCCCUGCCCUCGCCCAGGGGGGUCUCACUGGUGGGGGUGUCCCCUCCCGGCGGGUCCCGGGGGG